AUGAGGGGCAUCAUGUCAGACUCUACAAGGUUGAAGCCUGACGAGAUCGUGUGCACAGCCGAGGCGCAGCGUCUCAAGAAAACGUCCGUCUGGCAUGCUCGAGUUGCUCAGGCGCUCCUCCUGCAUGACAACUCCAAGGCAGCUCUCGAAGAAUUCCAGAUCUCUCUUGAUGAACAUCACAGGAACCCUAUCCUGAGCAAACAAGCGCUAUCUAGACAUGGGUCGCGCAUGUACCGAGACCGGAAGGUACAAGGAGGCAUUAGAGCAACUGAUCUUGCCGAGUCGCUGCAUGACGCCUCCUGGGAGCGUGGCUGGCAGGAUCCUGUCGGCAAACUGCUAAACACAGCGCAGAUGGAGCACUUUGCGAAAAUGACCGACAAAGCUGCUGCCACCGCAAAUGAAUGA